UUUUCUGCGAUCUUCAAAUUCAUAUGAAGAUAUGAUUCAAAAUCUUCUGGAAAUUUCAUAUGUUCCUCCGAUUUGAUACGUACUUGAUUGAUUAGGUUUGAAUUGGAGAAAUCGGAGAAGUGAAGAAGAAGAAGAAGAGAUGGAGGAGUAUCUACAGUAUAUGAAGACUCUCCGUUCUCAAAUGACUGAUGUGGAGGAUCAUGCGGCGAAGGUCUCCGUCGAGGAACAGAUGCAGGUUACAACAAUCAGUACGUUGGAGAAAGAUCUCGAACACGCAUUGUCUGAGACGAAGAGACUUAAAGAGGAAACAGAUCAGAAGACGAGGAAGAAAGGCGAAAUAUGCUCACAUAUACUUGAGAAGCAGAGAAAAAUUUCGUCCAUGGAAUCUGAUUCAGCAAAUCUUGCACAGAGUCUGGAGCUUAUUCUUCAAGAGCGAGACAGUUUAUCUGCAAAACUUGUGUUGAAACGUACUAACUAUGUCAAGACGGCAGAAGAAGCUAGAACCAAACUAGAGGAGCAAAAGGGCUGGUUUAUCUCCCAUAUGAGCAAUGAAACUGGUCAACAAGGACAGAAAAUAGAGACAAGGAAUAACCUGAUGGAACUAUCAGAUUCUGCUAGAGCAAAGCUUGAUCAAGCAAAACAGAUUAGAGCCAACCUUCUUCAGGAAAUCUCGAAGAUCAAGCUAUCAAUUGAGAAUGUGAAGCACAAGAUUAAUGAGUUUAAGCCAGAGUUAAUGUCAGUAGAUAUUAAGAUCCUAGAAGAGGAAUACACAGCUCUCUUGUCAGAUGAGUCUGGAGAGGCAGAGUAUCUCAGUUCGCUGCAGAGUCAGGCUGAGAAACUGAAGGGAAUUUCUUACAUUGCUAAAUGUGGUUGUGGAGAAGAAUACAGUGUUGGUCUUGAUUAGGCCAAAGUUAAGCAUCCGUCAAACUAUUAUAUCAAUAUGUGAACAAAUCAAGAACCAAAAGUUAUGUGCUAGUUAUUUUGAAUCUGUGGGUUAAUUGUUUUUAGUUUGAAGAGAGAUACAACUAUCAUGCUGUCUUGUUGCAGUAUAUAAUGUUUUACAGUUUCAGCCUUUCAGGUUCUCUAUAUGCAUGAGAAUAUCAUUUGGCCUUAAAUUGAUGAGGCGUGUGCAAAUACAACGUUGUAUCUUAA